CCCUGAAGUUCUUGAGGAGCACAAUCGGCGCUUGUCUCCGGUAGAUCGGACCUUAUGGCACAGUCUUGAUGAUGGCCCGGCAAUGCCUCUCGUGUUUGACAAUGAGCCUUAUCAUUCAGAUUCUGAACUUGAACUUAACCGGGAAAGUCAACACCAGAGAAAACGCUACAGCAAUCAAAAUCAGGAUCACCCAUAUCAUGAUCUUGUCGAUAAUCUGAAAUUUUCUGUGGGCAAUGAAAGAUCAAGACAGCAUGAAAGAGAUUACAUAGAAAGUUCAAGAGUCGUACCUGAGGUGCGGGAGAGAAGAAAAAGCGAGAGUGAUUUACAUGCCAGGUAUACAAACACAGAGAUGCGCC